AUGGCCAUCUACAAAGGCUGCGAAGCAUUCGCGAUUCAUGAGGGAUACGAGGGUCUGGUGAAUGGCGGCGGCAUGAUUGCUCCGAUGGGGUGGGACGACGUCCGAGGCUUUCUCUCAAAAGGCGGUACACUCAUCGGCACAGCACGGUGUAUGUCCUUCAUGGAACGAGCAGGCCGACUUCAAGCAGCCAAGAACAUGGUCUUGUGCGGAAUGGACGCACUGGUCAUAUGCGGUGGUGACGGUAGUUUGACUGGUGCAGACAAGUUCCGGUCCGAGUGGCCAAGCCUGAUAGCAGAGCUCGUGUCCACCGGUCAGAUGAAGGAAGAAGAUGUUGAACCAUACAAGCACCUCAACAUCGUGGGAUUAGUGGGCUCGAUCGACAAUGAUUUGUCCGGCACAGAUGCUACGAUAGGCUGCUAUUCUUCACUCGAGAGAAUCUGCGAUGCUGUGGAUGACGUGUUCGAUACUGCAGCUUCACAUCAGAGAGGCUUCGUCAUCGAGGUCAUGGGUCGGCAUUGUGGUUGGCUGGCAUUAAUGGCGUCCAUUGCUACCGGUUCAGACUACGUCUUCAUCCCCGAGAAGCCUCCUCGUGUAGGAUGGCAGAAGCAAAUGUGCGACAUAAUCACCAAGCAUCGAUCCCUCGGAAAGCGAAGAACGAUUGUCAUCAUCGCGGAAGGUGCCCACGACCGAGAGCUUAACAAGAUCACCGCAAACCAAGUCAAGGAUCUUCUGACGAAAGACUUGAACCUAGAUACGCGAGUCACGGUACUGGGUCAUACUCAACGCGGCGGUCAAGCUUGCUUCUACGACCGGUGGCUGUCAACUAUGCAAGGCGUCGAAGCUGUCAAUGCCGUCCUCGAAGCCACUCCCGACACUCCCAGCCCUGUCAUCACCAUUCGCGAGAACAAGAUCGAGCGGUCAAACCUGAUGGAGUGUGUGGCGCUGACGAAGAAAGUCACCAAAGCAAUCCAAGACAAGGAUUUUGACUUAGCUAUGCAGCUGAGAGAUGUCGAAUUCAAGGAGUACUUCGAAAGCUACAUGAUGACGACCUCAACCGAUCAUCCAAAAUUGAGACUCCCUGAACCCAAACGAAUGCGAGUUGCCAUCAUUCACGUCGGUGCUCCAGCCGGAGGCAUGAAUCCCGCUACCCGAGCCGCUGUCGCCUACUGCCUCACCCGUGGCCAUACUCCCAUUGCUAUUCACAACGGCUUCCCAGGUCUGCAGCGACAUCAUGCCGACAAACCGUUGGGAUCCGUUCGAGAGGUGAAGUGGUUAGAUGCCGACCCCUGGGUCAAUGAGGGUGGUUCCGAGAUUGGCACCAACCGUGGUCUACCAAGUGCAGAUAUGGCCAUGACUGCCCACACCUUCGAGCUCUACAAAUUCGACGCACUUCUCCUGAUCGGUGGUUUCGAAGCCUUCACUGCAGCCAGCGAGAUGCGCAAAGCCCGAGACGAGUACGAGGCAUUCAAGAUUCCCCUCAUCGUUCUGCCUGCCACCGUCUCCAACAACGUUCCCGGCACAGAAUACUCACUCGGCAGCGAUACCUGUUUGAACACGUUGCUCUACUUCUGCGACGCUAUCAGACAGUCCGCCUCCUCGUCACGGCGCCGAGUCUUCGUAAUCGAAACACAAGGUGGCAAGUCCGGCUACCUCGCCACCAUGGCCGGUCUCGCUAUCGGCGCGCUGGCCGUCUACAUUCCCGAAGAAGGCAUUAACAUCCACAUGCUCGCCCGUGAUAUCGAGUACCUUCGUGAGAACUUUGCAAAAGACGCCGGUGCCUCGCGCGCAGGCAAGAUCAUAUUGCGAAAUGAGCAGGCUAGCGAUGUCUACACCACUCAAUUCAUCGCUGACAUAAUCAAGGCGGAAGCCCGUGGCCGAUUUGAGUCUCGCGCCGCAGUACCAGGCCAUUUCCAGCAGGGCGGCAAGCCAACACCCAUGGACCGCAUCCGUGCCUCGCGAAUGGCAAUCAAGUGCAUGGGUUUCCUCGAAGAACGCUUCACGCAUAUCGGUAAAGAAAACUGCGCUGCGGACCCCAUGUCUGCGGUCGUGAUCGGUAUCAUCGGCUCAGAGGUGAAGUUUAGCGCGCUCGGAGGACCAGAUGGUCUAGAAGCUAAGGGCACCGACUGGAAGGAUCGCCGGCCGAGAAAUGAGUUCUGGUUGGGUGAUAAGGGGACUGUGGACAUUCUGAGUGGGCGGCCGAAGCCGGAGGAUUCGUGCGAGGAGUGUGGGAAGACGCUUUAUGAUACGAAGCUGGGGCCGGUGGUCUCGCGGUCAUAA